AUGGUAGCUUCUAAGAUCAAAACACUACAGGCUGAAGUCACGAUCCAACCGCCUCCAGCCAUAUCAAAUGAGGAGGAACGUAUGAGGAAGGCGUGCGCUAGGCGCCCCAAGCUCCAAGCUGGGAACGCCACGCUCAUAUCCUCUUCUACGGUCUCACCUCAGCCGCAGAGGCCCAGCCCCACGGCACCCUCACCUAGCGUGACCACUACCUGGAGCCUGGAACGCAGCGUGUAA